AUGUCGUACUAUGACAUUGACUCAAUAUUAACAGAUGCUCAGAAACUGCCAUGUACCUUUGAGCUCGAGGUGCCUGGACUAGGCGUCCUGGAGGGCAAUCCCGGUGAAGAUAUAAAAGCCGGGACCCGUAUCGAUCUUCCACUAUGGCUUGGUGAAAUGCUUUCUAUCGCAGCCCGAAUCGGCACAUCACGUCUCGUCACACUUGAUAUGCCCGAGGCACUCUCUGAGCGAGUGACAAACGCAUUGAAAGCCGAUCCCCGCACCGUGGAUUUGCGCGCGCUAGCACCCCAUUUCUACAAUCUCAGCGAGCGGAUUCUCGAGCUCUUCGAAGAGGAAGAAUUGGUCGAUGUGCUGAUCAAUACUUUCAAGCGCCGAGCAGCAGAAAUUGCCGACCAGGCUCACAAUCCGCGGGGAGCGGUAGGGGAUGGUGUUGAAUUCUUGCGUGGAUUGGACGAGACGGAGCGACAAUUGUUCCGGGCUGCACACGACCGAGCAAAAGCGAUGCGGAUUUGGGCUGGAGAGGCAAAGCGGAAGUGA